AGGAACUCGAACUCCUCAGUAAUCAGAAAUGGAAUAGCAUUUGAGCUUUUGCCACAGGGAGAGAAAGAGAGAAAAUAUCAGAAAGAUAUUAUGGCGACGGUGGAAACGGAGACGAGGCAACCAAGAAAACGACGCCGUAUAGUCUGGGAUGUCGCCCCUUCUGACAUUAUUCAGGAAUUUCAGCCAAUUUCGGAAAAAGAUGUAGUGGAGAGAUAUGUUACGCCUCCAACGAGAAAAGAUGAUCGUGAAGGGCAUUAUGUUUUCUCUAUUGGCGAGAAUUUGACUCCAAGAUAUAAAAUUCUAAGCAAGAUGGGUGAAGGCACAUUUGGACGAGUUUUGGAAUGUCUGGACAAUCAAACACAGGAGCAUGUCGCAAUCAAAGUAGUUCGAAGUAAUUCCAGAUAUCGUGGUGCUGCAAUGAUUGAAAUUGAUGUGCUUCGUCAUCUUGCAGAGCAUGAUAAAGUUGGAUCUCAUUGUGUUGAAAUAAGGAGUUGGUUCGACUACCGUAAUCACGUCUGUAUUGUGUUUGAGAAGCUUGGACCAAGUUUAUAUGAUAUCUUAAAGAGAAAUAAACAUCGCCCUUUCCCUGUGGACCUUGUGCGGGAAUUCGGACGUCAGCUUUUGGAAUCUGUAGCAUAUAUGCAUGAGUUGCACUAUAUCCACACAGACCUGAAGCCAGAAAACAUACUUCUAGUAUCUUCUGAGUGUGUGAAGAUACCCAGCUGGGAGAAGAUGUCUGCAGGCGAAAUGCAUUUUAGCUGUUUGCCAGAGUCAAGUGACAUUAAGCUUAUUGAUUUUGGUAGUACUGUAUAUGAUAAUCCAAAUCACAUCUCCACUGUAUCCACCAGGCACUACAGAGCACCUGAAGUUAUCCUAGGUCUAGGUUGGAGCUAUCCAUGUGAUAUAUGGGGUGUUGGUUGUAUACUUGUUGAACUUUGCUCUGGCAAAGCACUUUUCCAAACUCAUGAAAACCUUGAGCAUCUUGCAAUGAUGGAGAGGGUUUUAUAUCCUUUUCCGCAACAUAUGAUUCAGAAAGCCACCAGAGGUGCUGAAAUAUAUUUUAGACAAGGCUCUCGUCUUAACUGGCCUGAAGGAGCAGUAUCAAGAGAGAGCACUAAAGCUGUGCAGAAGCUUGAGCGCGUAAAGGACCUCAUUUCUAGACAUGUAAACAAAUCAAAUUCCUGCGUCUUCAUUGACCUGCUGUACAAGUUGUUGAGAUUUGAUCCAUCAGAGCGGCUUACAGCUAAAGCAGCGCUAAACCAUCCGUUCUUUAAAGCUUGAACUCUAAAAGAAGGGUUUUUUAUAGAAACUGUAUGGUCCUCAUGUUGUGAGGAUUCCCUAAUAAGAAAAAAUUGUCAAGUCUGAUUCAAGAAUAGUGUUCGUAGUUUUAUUUAUUUAUUUUUUUUUUUUUUUUUCAUUUUUAAAAUAUAAAUACGUUUGUAUAGUUAAGUGCAACAGUUGUGAAUAUAGUACUGGUGAGACGAAAUUAAAGUAUCUCAUCUAUCGAUCUAUGUGGAGAUUCCUACUUUA